UCAGGACCAAACAAGACGGCCUGCGAUUGGCUCGACGUCCACCAAUGAAAAGCCGCGGCGUUGAUUCUGUCGCAGAAACAACAUGGCUGUAAGGGCAAGUGUGAAAGCGGUGACCUCUCGGAGACUCAGACUACCGACCAAAGCAGCCCUGGUGCUAACCUCAUCUGCUGUCAACAGAAUUAGAAGUCUUCUACAAGAGAGACCAGAAUGCGUUGGUUUGAAGGUAGGAGUCCGCACACGUGGUUGCAGUGGCCUGUCCUAUGUCAUAGAGUAUGCAACGGAGAAAGGAAAGUUUGAUGAAGAAGUUAAUCAAGAUGGUGUACGUGUGUUCAUCGACCAGAAAGCACAGUUAACCCUGCUUGGAACUGAAAUGGAUUUUAUUGAAUCUAAACUCUCUAGUGAAUUUGUUUUUAAUAACCCAAAUAUUAAAGGAACAUGUGGAUGUGGUGAAAGUUUUACAGUAUAAAUUAAAUAUUUAAAAUGUAAGCAAUAUGGGAUUAUAUAGAUUUAUUUUGAAAUUCACAGAAGAAUUAGGUAAGUGGUUGAGAGUCUUGCGUUACUUUUGGAAAGAACAAGUGUAAUGGGAUGUUUGGGAUUAUUCCACGAGGAGUCAGUGUAUACAUUAGUCUGAACAACCUCCAUCUGUGCCAAGAGAUAAAACUGUCUCAAAAUCGUACAGUUGAACAUCUUGUCUUCAAGUCUUGAAGCAACGCUGUUCGAUAUUUCCACCAUUUGCUGAGAUAUGGCUCAUCAUUACCACUUAAAGCCCUUGCAACGUAUAAACCAAGUAGAACCUUGCCCUUGAAGGUAUUCAAGCAAGAUACAUCAAAGUUGCUG